AUGAUGACCAUGAUGAUGAUGAUGGCGGCCAUGAUGGUCACCUGCAGCUCUCUGUUGCUGCUGGGUCUGGCCGCUGCCCACGCUUCCACCGGCACCAUGACCCGCACUUCCUCUACAUCUUCAUCCCCCUCCUCUUCCUCUACCUCCUCCUCCUCCUCCUCCUCCUCCUCCUCCUCCUCACCACGCAUGAAGCUCUCAUACAAAGAGUUGCAACAGUUCCAUGGAGUGCGGCGGUUCGAGCUGGAGCGUUCCUGCUGCUUCAGCGCUCUGCUGCUGGAUGAAGAAAGAGGACGCCUCUUCGUCGGGGCCAAGAACUUCCUGCUGUCGCUAUCACUAGACAACAUCGCCAAGCAGGAACACAAGAUCUACUGGCCGGCUCCCGUCGACUGGAGGGAGGAGUGUAACUGGGCUGGCAAGGAUAUCACAUCCGACUGUGUGAACUAUGUGAAGAUUGUGCAUCACUUUAACCGCACCCACCUGUAUGCGUGUGGAACUGGGGCCUUCCACCCUACCUGUGCCUUUGUGGAGGUGGGACACAGGAUGGAGGACCAUGUGUUCAGGAUUGACCCCUCUAAGGUGGAGGACGGGAAAGGGAAGAGUCCGUAUGAUCCUCGCCACAAUGCUGCAUCUGUACUCGUCGGUGAUGAACUAUAUGCAGGCGUGGCUACAGACCUAAUGGGACGAGACUUCACUAUCUUUAGAAGCCUGGGGAAACGCCCGUCCAUCCGCACUGAACAGCACGACUCGCGCUGGCUCAAUGAACCAAAGUUUGUUGGAUCCUUUUGGGUGCCAGAAAGUGAAAACCUCGAUGACGACAAGGUAUUUUUCUUUUUCCGUGAGACGGCGGUCGAGGCCCAGGGGCUGGGAAAGUCCACCUACUCUCGCAUCGGACAGCUCUGCAGGAAUGACAUGGGCGGUCAGCGAAGUCUGGUGAACAAGUGGACGACAUUCCUCAAAACCCGUCUGAUCUGCUCGGUGCCAGGAGCCGACGGCAGCGACACGUACUUUGACGAGCUGCGCGACGUAUUCCUGCUGCAGACGAGGGAUAGAAAGAAUCCUCUGGUCUACACUGUCUUCUCUACUUCCAGCAGCAGUGUAUUCAGAGGCUCAGCUGUGUGUCUCUAUUCCAUGAAUGACAUCCGGAGGGCCUUCCUGGGGCCCUUCGCUCACAAAGAGGGGCCCAACUACCAGUGGGUCCCCUUCCAGGGAAAAGUCCCCUACCCACGCCCAGGAAUGUGUCCCAGCAAAACAUUCGGCAGUUUUGAGUCGACAAAGGGUUUCCCAGAUGAUGUGAUCCAGUUUGCGCGCCACCACCCUCUGAUGUAUAACCCGGUCUACCCAAUGAGCCGACGGCCCGUCUUCGUCAGAACUAACGUGGACUACAGCUUCACACAGAUUGCUGUGGACAGAGUCAGCGCCGCCGACGGACAGUAUGAUGUCAUGUUUAUUGGCACAGACAGAGGGACUGUACUGAAGGUGAUCAAUGUCCCCAAGGAGAGCUGGAACAACAUGGAGGAGCUUCUACUGGAAGAGUUGGAGGUCUUCAAAGAUGCCUCAUCGAUCAUCGACAUGCAGAUCUCCUCAAAACGGCAACAGCUGUAUCUGGGCUCAGACACAGGCAUUGCCCAGGUUCCCCUUCACCGCUGCAGUGUGUAUGGGAAGGCCUGUGCUGAGUGCUGCCUGGCCAGAGACCCGUACUGCGCCUGGGAUGGAACAUCCUGUACUCGCUACCUGCCAAACACCAAGAGACGUUUCCGUCGCCAGGAUGUAAGGAAUGGAGACCCCAACACCCUUUGCUCUGGAGACCACCAUAAGCACCGUGUUGCAGAGAGGAAGCUGUAUGGAGUUGAGGGAAGCAGCACUUUCUUGGAGUGUAUCCCCAAAUCCCUUCAGGCCAGAGUCACCUGGACCUUCCAGAAACAUCCACAGAACCCACGAGAAGAGAUGCGGCUAGAUGACCGCAUCAUCCAGACAGACAGAGGCCUUCUGAUUCGUCGUGUCCUGAAGAGAGAUGUCGGCAUCUACCAGUGCCACGCCAUGGAACACGGCUUUACCCAAACCUUACUAGGCAUCACCUUGGAGGUUGUACCUUCAACAUCCUCCUCAGUCUCCAAUCUACCUUCCGAUGCCCCUGUCCGAUUAGAGCCACGCAGCGGAGGUGGGCCCCCAAUUACCAAUCAAAAGCUUUGGUACCGGGACUUCAUGCAGCUGGUGGACCACCCUAACCUGAGCACCGUCGACCAGAUUUGUGAGCAAGUUUGGGCACGAAAGAACGCCGGCGUUGACCAAGGGGAUAAGACCUUUCCUGCUCCGGGGAAGGAUAACCCGCCUCUGGCACCGGCUGUCCGCCCAGCUAACAAGAAGUGGAAGCAUCUUCAGGAGAUAAGGAAGGGGAGAAACCGCCGGACCCACGACGGGAAACCGAACCCUCGAGCGCCUCGCAGCGCAGGGGAGUGACAACGUAGAGAUGGAGGGAGAAAAAAAUGACUGAUACAAGAAAGAAAGGAGGUGAAUGAUAGAACGAGACUGAGAGACCAAGAACUCCUGGAGGUGUUCGAAACAUACAGAUACACCCACGCACAUGAAAACACGCACACUCACACACACACACUCUCACACACACACCACCUCCUCUAUUGUGUAUAUUUAUCUAUGGAUUCCCCCACUAUAUGGUACCCCAACCCCUGAGUGCUCGUCCCACUGGCCAGCCCAUGCAUGUGCUGCCUUAAUGCCCAAAUUGAUUCUGCACGAUCCCUUUACACUGUUCCACUAGCGUAGUCGAGUGUACACGCAGGUACGUGGGAGGGAACCCACCUUUAUUCGUUGGAAAUAAACUUAAACUCACCUGUCAUUCCCUUUGCCACUGACUGUAUAUGGAAGAAAGAAGAUUACAACAUCUUUUGUUGGGUAAUUAAAGUUUGCCUACUACACAUGUUAAAUGUGGAUAGUGGCUUACAGUAUGAACACCUACUCUCUGGACUAUACCACUCAGAACAAAAGCAAGCCCAAAGUUUUGGAUGACCUCUCCUCACGGCGUUUCUUACCUGUAGAUUUCAUACCAAUGUAGAAAAAUGGUGGACUUGAGAGCUGCGCAUAUUGGGGGAGAAUGGAGAAACUGGAAUAUACUGAAAAGUAAGGGUCACUAACUGGAAACACAUUUAACUAUUUAUGUGCAAUUGCACAAGCAUGCAGAUAAAUAGAUACUUUUUAAAACUACAGAAACAUACAUUGAUCAACUUCCUGUGGCGUGCUUGCUGCACAUAUUUCCAGUAACCUCACUUUUCACUUGGUUUUGUGUGCAUAUUACACAAUGCAGUCACAGAAGAGGGAGAGAUGCCAGCAGCGUGGGGCGGCCUAUGGAACAGAUCAGCAUGUUGCAAAACUGGUUAUAUUAUAUAGUAGUUUUUUUAGUGGUUUCCUUGGGCACAUUGAAGCAUGUUGCAGCAAAAUAAAUCACACAAUUCAACGCAGUCAUGGUUAGAGAGCAGUCGUAUCUUGCAAGAUAUGAUUAUAUUGCUUUACUGGUCAAAACCACUAGAGAACGAGGGGUGGAAAAACUACUGGCAUUCCAUGAUGUGAGAGAAAUAUGAGAUGUUUACAGUACGCAGACAAAACUGGAGCACAAAGAAGUAAAUCUCCAAAAGCAAAUAAAAACCCAAAUGAGACCUGGAUUACAUUUAAACGAGUUUCAUAUGCACACAAAUAUUGUAAUAAGCAUCAGAAGUGCAUAAAGAAGAAGAGUUUUGACAUGAUCCUAAAACCUCACUCUAAAAUCCACUAUUUAUUGGCUUUAUUUUUGGUUGUGUUUAAUGUUUUGUGCAUUAACAUUAAGGAGAAAUCAUGAACAUGGUGGUUUUGGGUGUGAAGCAUUGAUAUGAUGAGGAGGAAGAGGGAAGUGGACUCUAGUAUGACAACCCAUGUUUCUGGGCUACAGUACAGUAUAUAUAUUAGCAUGAUAUUUAUGAGUGAAUCUAUGAUUUUGUUUUUGUAUUCUAAGCGGUACUUCUACUCCUUGCUCUUUUACACUGUUCUUGCAUAUGUUGUUUGCGAUAAAUAGAUAGAUAUAUGCAAAUGAUGAGCGAGUCGCCGACACCUCAUUCAGCACGGCAAAAUGCACAGAAAGCUGCUCUUCUGUGUUACCCACAAUGCAUUUCACUGUUUGCAAAAAAAAACUAAACAAAAAAAAAUCCAACUGACUUCAUACACUGUUGGAAUCACUACUCAACUUAGUGUUAAAGUCAUUAAUAUCAUUGACUUUUGCUGCUUAACGAUGUCAUAUCUUCCUAAUGGACAAUUAGUAUGAUAAGGUCUUCCUUCUCCCUGUCUUUAGUCCAAACUCUCUCUGUGUAUUAUCUGUAAAGAAGCCUUGUUUGUUGGUCGUCUGUGCUAACAUGAUGUGUGUAGCCUGCCCCCUUAGUGUCCAUUGUGUGUACAGGCUCGGAUGAGGAUCCUACAUGUGGUACCAUACUUUAUCAUAUCAUAGUCUAUCCACAUGAUAGAAAGCCACUGGCCAUGUAAGAUAAAACAUGCAUUUAGGUUUUGCAUUCAUGAAAUCUCAAUAUGAUUUUUAUGAUGAAUUUGAUUUGUGUUGCUGCCACGAAUUUCACAGAAAUAUCAUGGUUUUAAUUAUUAUUCAGUAUAAAUUUGGCUUUUUGUGUGUUCAUUAAUUCACACAGGCCCUGAUAACAGGAAGCAGCACAAAUUAGGUCUGUGAGUGGAUUUUAGAUGUAUGGAAUCAUUGUUGUUGUUAUUUAUAUAACUUCUUUAUAGAGAUGUAUUUAACUCUUUAAACCGAACUGAACUGACUGACUCCUAUAAAAUGGACACUCUGCAUUUUGACACCACAUCCAGGAUUUAGUGCAAACUGUUUAAAUGUAGGAAGACACUGCCUGUCUGCAUUUAAACCCCAGAACUCAUUUUGUUUAGACUACUAAUGAACUAAAUGGAGAUUAUUAGUCAUGUACUUCUUUUUCUAAGAGAUAUUUACAUUGGUAGUGAUGUCGAAUUUGCUUGAGUCUCUCUUUUUAAGCCAGCUGUUGUUUUGUGCUCUUCUGAAAUUGCAUGACCAAUGUUAGUGGCUAACGCGUUUGACAAUGGUGCGGCGGCGAGAAAGAGCAAGCGAAAGAAAGCACAAUGUUGAAUAUUAUUAUUAUUAUUAUUAUUAUUCCUAUGUAUUUAUGUGCAAAGAUAAGCUGAUAUGUUGUGGUGGAUGUUUUUAUUUUUUCUUAUAAAUGUAGAUUUUUCUCUGUAUUGUUCAUGUUCUGCUGAAAAGGACUCAUCCUCAAAAUUUCUUUGGACAUUACAGCCAACGGUUAAAAAGAAACUCCUCCUGAACAGUGUCCAAUUAGAGUCUUUGUUGUUCACACAGCCCUCCAAUCAACACUCCUGUUGUAUCCCAUGCCAUGUGACGCACCCCUGUAUGAUAGCUUACAAGGAGAGGCUUGUUGUGUGUGUGUAUGUGUGUGUGUGUGUGUGUGUGUGUGUGUGUGUGUGUGUGUGUGUGUGUGUGUGUGUGUGUGUGUGUGAGCAAGAGAGAAAUGUGCGCUUGUGGCUUAUAUGUGUGUGUGAGUUUUGGGGGAAAGCAGAGCUCUGUAUAUAAUGGCAAAGGAACAGUGAGUGUGUAUGUGCGUAGAGCGGUCUGAAGGUGAAAGUUCAAAGGUCGAAGACCAAAGUUAACGUAGUGCACUGUAAUACUCCCAGAGGUCUUUGUGAAAUGUCAUGUCAGAUUGUUUUUGAUUAACACAAUAAAAAUAUGCAGUUA